AUGUACAUUCUUAUCAUUGUUUUUCCAGAACACACAGGUGCCAGUUUCCGUCUGCUACACCUGGUGCCGCCCACACGUGAUCGCGGAAGUAACCGCUCGCGGGCCACCACUCCUCUCAGCCACGCCUCGGAACCCGAGCUGGCAGACCCGCCCACUCUUCACGACGCCGCCCACGCCCACACCAACCACGCCCAUAACAAUCUGUCCCACUACCGCGGGCAGUACGCCACGCCUUCCGCAGUUGGUGGGGGCGGUGGUGGAGGGGGAGGAGGAGGAGGCGGCGGCGGGGGUGGCGGUGGGGAGGGAAACACAGCCGCCGUCAUGAACCAGCUGGGGACAGGCCACGGUCACUACUACCAGGAGAUUCCACAGGGAGGCCUCCACUACGCCAACCACCUCGACGAGUACGACUCGCCCGUGCUAAAGGGAGGUCGUAAAUUUCCCUCAGGGCGACGCAUUCAGGCAGGAGGGUCGUCGCUCUCCUCAUCAGACAACAACUCUGACACAACAUACGCAGAGAGUGAUAUAAACUCCAGCCUGAGAGCCAAGAUGGCAGCCCUCGAUAAUGAUGCGUCGGGGACCCCUCCAGACCCGGCCCCGCCGGAAAUCCCCGUGCGGGGCCCCUCCCACCACCACCCGCUGCUGGCGGCGUCCCGCAGGGCGGGGGGCGGCGCCCCACCCUCCGCCAACAACACUGCAGUGGCCCCACCCUCACCUCACUACCAAGACCACCACCAGGAUGACACCUACCAACAACCCAAUUCUAACGUCUUCCUCUCCCAAGAGUACCUGAUGAGCGGCAGCAGUCCGAGGUACGGUACUGGCACGGCACCCAAGUCUCCAGGUGCCGGGGGAGGAGCCAUGCUGUACGGCACUACCCCCGCUCCGGAUUACCUCUCUGUCAACAACUCUCAACCCAGUAAACACUGGGUGCCGUCUAGCUGGUUGCUAGGGACUCUCAGCUCGCAGAAGGGUUCCAUCGCGCCUGGAGGCGGCACCCUGACUGCGCUGCCCGCAGUCAGAAACGACCUGGCGCUGGGCUCUGCUGCAUCCUUUUCGGGACGAGGUCUGCAUCUGGGUAAGACCUGGAGAGAGAGGUGCUCCUGGAGGUGCGCCGCCAUCGCUCUUAUGAUUCUCUCUGCGACUCUUGCUGCCCUGCUCGCCUGCUUCAUCGCUCUGGCCAGCCUGGACAGCGGCACCAAAGGCUGCAUUGUAGUGGAGGAUGCAGCCAAAGUCAUCGCCGCAGGUGCCGACACGAACGCAGCUGAGACCACCACCCGACCAACUCAAACAUACUCACCACCUCUGACGACGACACUGGCGCGGC